AUGUGCUCCAUCACAGUUUUUUCUGCUUUGAAGAGUGAUUCAUCAGUUGAUAUCUCCAAAUAUCAACAGCUCAUCGGCAUGCUUCAAUAUCUAUCAUUCACUCGGCCAGAUAUUGCAUUUACUAUAAACAAGCUUGCUCAGUACCUCAAUAGAAUUUUCUCCUAUGGUAUUCAAGUGCCUAAGGAGCAAGAUUCAAGGUUGGUUGCUUAUUCUGGCUCUGACUGGGAAGAAGAGCCUAUUGAUCGCACCUCCACUACUGGUUACGUGGUUUAUCUUGGAAACAAACCUAUUUCUUGGUCCUUCAAGAAGCAGCGCUCAUUUUCACGUUCUUCUACAGAGGUUGAAUAUCAUGUUGUAGCAACUACUGCUGCAAAAAUUAAUUGGCUAGUCAAUCUUUGA